GCGGAGAGCCUCGUGUUUUGUUGAUCGUCAGACUACUUCCUGUUCUGACGAAAUUGCCCGGUAAGUGCUGCACGCGUUUUCGGUGGCUUCUACAACCAAACUGGAUUUUAAAACAGCUCAAACUAAACACCGCGGAAUAACUUUUACCAGGUCGUAGAUUGGCAGCAUCCUUCAGCAAUGUCUCGAUUCUUUGCCAGGUCUGACAGUGAGUCAGAGGAGUCCUCAUCUGACGAUGAGAUCACUGAUAAAGCACCCGGAGCCACUUUCAAGCAGUCGCUGCUUCUUAGUGACGAUGAGGAGGACACAAAAAGAGUGGUGCGCAGCGCCAAAGAUAAAAGGUUUGAAGAGUUGACGAACCUCAUAAAGACUAUCCGCAACGCUAUGAAGAUUCGAGACAUGUCCAAAUGUCUGGAGGAGUUUGAGCAGCUUUGUCGAGCCUUCCUUAAAAGCAAGAAUAUAGUGGAUAAAGAGGGUAUUCCUCCCUUCUAUAUCCGCCUUCUGGCUGACUUGGAGGACUAUUUGAACCAGCUUUGGGAGGAUAAAGAGGGGAAGAAGAAGAUGAACAAAAACAAUGCAAAAGCUCUCAGCACCCUGCGUCAGAAGAUCCGCAAGUACAACAGAGACUUUGAGUCAGAAAUAGCAGCAUACAAGGAGAAUCCACAGGAGUCUGCAGAUGAGGAGGAGGAGGAGAAGGAGCCAGAGGACUCUGGCUCGUCCUCUGACAGUGAAGGAGAGGUGUCAUCCAAGUCCUUCUUGAAGAAAAAGCCUGAGGCGCCUUCAGAAGCCACCAAGUUUCUUAAGACUGCCAAGGGAUCUGGGGAUGAGUCCUCUUCUUCUGAUGAAGAUGAUGAUGAUGAUGGAGACUGGAGCCCAAGCGACACAGGCAGCAGCAGUGAAACCUCUGAUAAGGAAGAAGAAAACGCCUUAAAGAGGAAGCGUCUUGUGACCUUCCUCAAGGUUCAAAGAGCCCAGGACACUGAAAAGCCCGGUGUCCGGAAGGAGGAGAGGAAGAAGAAGCCAAAACAGAAAGAACAAAUUGAGGAGGAGGCUGAGGAGGAAGGAGGCUGGGAGAAGGUUAACAGAGGAGUACCUCUGGUUAAGGAGAAACCCAAAAUGUUUGCUAAAGGCACAGAGAUCAACACCGCGGUGGUGGUGAAGAAGCUGAAUGAGAUCCUGCAAGCAAGAGGCAAAAAAGGAACAGACAGGGCGGCUCAAAUUGAGCUAUUUCAUGCUCUGGCAGCCAUCGCUGCGGAGAAUAACUUGGGCCAAGGUAUCCUGGUCAAGAUCAAGUUCAACAUUAUUGCCUCCUUGUACGACUACAACCCCAACCUGGCAGCCUUCAUGAAACCUGACAUGUGGAAGAAGUGUCUGGAUUGUAUAGAUGAGCUGCUGGACAUUCUCUUUGAGCACAACAACAUCUUCAUCGGAGAGAACAUCGCAGAGGACAGCGAGAAUCUGGCCGUCUCCGAUCAGCCUUUCAGGGUGCGCGGAUGCAUCUUAACCCUGGUAGAAAGGAUGGAUGAAGAAUUUACAAAGAUCAUGCAGAACACUGAUCCCCACUCUCAGGAAUACGUUGACAAUCUGAAAGACGAGGGCAGGGUUUGUGGCAUCGUUGACCGGCUGCUCACCUACCUGGAGAACAAAGGCUCCACAGAAGAAAUUUGCCGUGUCUACCUGCGCAGAAUCAUGCACACCUACUACAAGUUUGACUACAAAGCUCACAGACGCAGCCUGGGCCUGCAGGGAGAGACCAAGUCCGAGCAGGACCAGGAGGAGAGCAAGGAGGAGAGCAAGGAGGAGAGCAAGGAGGAGAGCAAGGAGGAGAGCAAGGAGGAGAGCAAGGAGGAGAGCGAGGGGGAGGACAGCGCUGUGAUCAUGGACCGCCUCUGCAAGUUCAUCUACGCCAAGGAUCGCACCGACCGUAUCCGUACCUGUGCUAUCCUCUGCCACAUAUAUCACCAUGCUCUGCACUCACGCUGGUACCAGGCACGUGACCUGAUGCUGAUGAGUCACCUGCAGGACAACAUCCAACACGCUGACCCACCUGUACAGAUCCUGUACAACAGAACAAUGGUCCAACUUGGCAUUUGUGCAUUUAGGCAGGGCAUGAUUAAAGAUGCCCACAAUGCACUGCUGGACAUUCAGUCCUCUGGCCGUGCCAAGGAGCUGCUGGGUCAAGGUUUGCUCAUGAGGAACAUGCAGGAGAGGAAUGCAGAGCAGGAGAAGAUUGAAAAGCGAAGACAAGUGCCAUUCCACAUGCACAUCAACCUGGAGCUGCUGGAGUGUGUGUACCUGGUGUCAGCCAUGCUGCUGGAAAUACCCUACAUGGCCGCCCAUGAGUUUGAUGCCCGCCGCCGGAUGAUCAGCAAGCAGUUCCAUCACCAGCUCAGGGUCGGGGAGAGACAGCCCCUGCUAGGACCCCCAGAGAGCAUGAGGGAGCACGUGGUGGCAGCCAGCAAAGCCAUGAAGAUGGGAGACUGGCGUACCUGCCACUCUUUCAUCAUCAAUGAGAAGAUGAACAGUAAGGUUUGGGACCUGUUCCCUGAGAUCCAGAGAGUACGCGAGAUGCUCGUCAGGAAAAUCCAAGAAGAGUCACUGAGGACCUAUCUGUUCACCUACAGCAGUGUGUACGACUCCAUCAGCAUGGCGACGCUGUCUGAGAUGUUUGAAUUGGAGAUGCCCACAGUCCACAGCAUAAUCAGCAAGAUGAUCAUCAACGAAGAGCUGAUGGCGUCACUCGACCAGCCUACACAGACAGUGAUGAUGCACCGCACUGAGCCAACGUCUCUGCAGAACAUGGCUCUGAAGCUGGCAGAGAAACUGGGCAACUUGGUUGAGAACAACGAGCGUGUAUCUGACCUGAAACAGGGCAUCUAUGGCGGUUACUUCAACAGGGAUCAGAAAGGUGGCUACCAACAGAAGCAAUCCUACCAGAGAGAUCAGAAAUCUUACCAGCAGAAGCAGUCGGGCUACCAGAGAGGCGGUUACAGGAAUCAAAAUCAAGGAAAUUACUGAGCUUGAAGUUUGUGGAUUUCAGUUUUUCCAGCAGAGCUGGUCUUCAUUCUAAAGCAACAUCAGUGCCUCAUUUUGUGAGCUUGGCUCUUGGUCGUGCUCCCUCAAUGAAACUGUUUUGCUGCUGCUUCUAUGUCAGUUAGCAUUGCUUUGUGUCAGCAACAGCAUAAUGUGAUAUUUCACUUCUGUCAGUUGCUUGGAAUAAAUAUGGAGUUUUAUUAUUUUUAGCAGAAUAUUAAUAAAUAAAUAUUAAACAGUG